UCUGUUGCUCUUAAACGCGGAAGUUUCAUAACGUUACAGCUGCAGCAGCAGACUUAUGGAUGCAGGGUCAGCAUGAACUAAUGUUAUUUUCCUCACAAGGCGUUAACUUCCAGCUUUGUAACAGCUGAAAACAUGGUCAACCUUGGUCUCAGCAAAGUGGACGACGCGCUGGUAGCCAAACACCCGGGGCUACAGAGCUACGCAGCCUGUCAGUCUCAUGCCUUCAUGAAGGGGACUGGAACAUUUGUACUGGGUGUUACAGGUAUGUUUGCCAUUCAGAUGGCUCUACAGAGAAAGCUCCCUUAUCCUCUCCAGUGGAACCUGCUCAUUUCAAUAGUGGCGUCGUCAGUGGGCAGCUACGCAGUGACUCGCUGGGAGACGCGGAAAUGCUCCGAACUUUGGAUGUCGCUAGAAGGCAAAGUCCCGUACACUCCGCCCACAGCAGUACCUCAAGUAGAAGAAUCGAAGACGAAAUAUGGUGAUGUGAUGGAAUGAGCAUAGUUUCAAACAAAAUACACGUGGAGUGCAUUCUGUACUUUUUUUGUUUUUUCUUUACUUUUAUUUCUCAGAAUUUGUGAUUUUUGAGCUUUAAAUUUCAUAACAGGCUUAACGUGUAAAUAAAAAUAUGGGUUUUCCUAAAUCAGAGGUCAGGAUUUAUUUGGGGUUUUCAGUUGGAAUAAUCAGAUGGUAAGCUUGUGAUCCGGUAUUAUUAUAGUGUGGAUGUGUUGGUUUGUCAUGCAACAGAAUUAAUGCUGCACUGUCCAAACCAGCCUCUGGCUGUUACUGAACACCUGGGGGGAUAUAAAAAGCUGUGUACUGAAGUUUCUGAUGGGUCAAACCAGUAAACAACCGAUAUCACAACAUGUGUGUCCUGAAGCGUGACCUGAAUAAAUUGCAUCGAAGGGAGUGCAGAAGAGGACACGGGUGAUGUCUUUGUAGUUUUUAAAUGCGUUUUCCAUUGGGUUUUUUUUUUUUUUUUUGCCAGGGGUGGAUCUUCCCUGCUGACAUGGAGGUGGGGGGGGGUCACCUGCCCCCACAAUCUGAUUUGUUUGAUGAAUUUUUUGUAGCAGAUUUUGUCAAUGUUGAUGCCAAAAUAUAUAUUGCAUGAUGAAAUAACACACUGGUCUGUCCUCUCCCCUCGUCUCAUCCACAGUCACAAAGACACCCACAUGUUUUGACAAGACAAAGAGGGAAAAUAGGGCAACAUACUAUUAAAAAGAAUGAGUAAUGAGCAGCUCCCAGAGUGGAUCAGGUGCUCCGACAUAAAUCCACCGAAUCAGUGUUACAAUGAAAGUCGGAAAUGUGCUGGAGCUGUCUUAGGAUGUCAGAUUAAUGGGGAAAUGUUGUUUUUGAGUUUGUCAACAUUUCGCAUAGGUUUGAUUUGGUCAAAUCUCAUGAAUGAGGUGAUGAAAUACCAGGAAUCAGACCAGAUUAAGUUUGCAGGGGGAAAUUUUACAUGUAUAUGGACAGAUUAGGAAGACUAGGAAGACUUCACAAGUUAUUUUUAUAUUUUGCUCAUGUUUUACAUUUAAAAAAUAAAUUCAGUUCAAACAA